UUCAACGGGUUAUCAGUGCUGCAUAGUAGAUUUCAUCCAGGUCCGUGGCCUUUGGUCUAUAUGCUAAUGAGUAGCCACAUGGCAUACCUAGGCCUCAUCCACGUCGAGUACUGCCUCAGCCAUCCAGUAGUCCUGGUGUUCUGCCAGAAUCUGCUAACGUACGUGAGAAGCAGCGCCGACGACGAGCCAUCGAUCAACGGCCGGCAGAGCGAAGCCAUGGAGGGGCGUAAGCGGGCGAUGAAGCGCUGGCAGGUCGCCUACACGCUCGUGCGCAACCCGCAGCUGCAGGACCGCGAACAGCGCAUCGUCAGCGGCCUCACGCGCCACGUCGACACCUGGCGGCAUUACGCGCAGGGCAUGCCCGCGCUCGCCCCGCUGCCGGCUGCGUCCGCCGCCGCCGCCGCCGCCGAGCCAUCCACUCCCGACGCCGUCACCGUCGACGCACCUUCCUCUUUCCCGAUUCGCAACGGUCCGCACGAGGGCGCCACCGCUGGCGACGCUGCGCCGACGAACGUCGCCAAUGUGAUGCUGAUCGACCCGGACUCGAGCGCCAUCGGAGAGGGGGAGGAGUUCCACGAGCUAGAUCUGGAGCUGGGCGGCGUUAAGCUGCAAUUAGGCGCCUCUGCCUGCUAG